AUGUCUACAUCAUCAACCAUAUGGUUAAUCAGUGUUGGUUGGUCUGAUACAUCACUUGUUGAUUUUCUUGUUCGUUCAUCGUCUUCAUUAACAACAAAAUUGGAUAUUUAUCAUUGGUUUUUUACUCAUAUUAAUGAUAAAAUUCUUAAAUUUGAUUAUUCUCCACUAGAUAAUAUUGAAGGUGAUUUAGAUUUAUCACAAAUUUUCAACAAAGACAUUGAACAUGAAAAUUUAAAUAUAAAUGAUUUUGAAGAUUUUAUUCAAUUAAAUUUUGAUGAAAUUGAAUUAUUUAUGCGUGAAAAUGGAAGAGCACAUGGAAUGAUUGUUACGGUUGAUCAAGCUAAACAACAAAAUUAUCAAAUUAUCAAUGUUGAUAAUGAUCCAAUCUCAAUCGUAUGGAAAGUAACAUAUAAUCCUCGCUUUCUAAAUUGUAUGUCUCAUAAUAAUUUACCAAACCUUUAUGAUUUACAACAAACUACCAGAUCAAAUUAUAUAUGGCAAAUACGUGCCAAACAAGAACAUCAAGUUUAUCAAUAUAUAUUCAAAAAUUUAAAUCUAUUCAAUAUAAAUACUUUACCAAGAUUAAUGAAUAAAACACAAGAUGAUUUAAUUAAACUGGUCGAGCUUCCUUUAGAACAAACAGAGCAUCAAAUUAUAAGUGAAAUGAUUAAUUUACAAUGUUGUCAUCGAAACGAUCCGCAUGAACAUAGUCAUUCUGAACAACAAAUAUUUGUUAUUUUAGUAGAGCCAGCAUUGAAUUUAUUAGAUAUUAUCGAUAUAUAA